AUGCCACAACUUCAAGCUCAACAAACACCACAAACUCAAGUUCAGCAAUUCCCACAAACUCAAGUUCAACAAACGCCACAAACUCAAGUUCAACAAAGCAAAUUCAAGUUCAACAAAUGCCACAACUUAAAGUUUAACAAACACCACAACUUCAAGUUCAACAAACCCCACAAAUUCAAGUUAAACAAAUUCCACAAAUUCAAGCUCAACAAAUGCCACAAACUCAAGUUCAGCAAUUCCCACAAACUCAAGUUUAACAAACACCACAAACUCAAGUUAAAAAAACACAGCAAACUUAAGUUAAAUAAAUGCCACAACUUUAAGUUCAACAGAGGCCACAACCUCGAGUUGAAAAAACGCCACGAACUCAAGUUCAACAUACACCAUAACUUCAGGUUCAAUGAAACACCACAAACUUAA